CAUCAAUUUCUCUUUCUCUUUGUUUGUCAUUGAUGUUGGGAAAUAGCUUUUCGAUUUAUAAUUCCUUCGUUUGUGCAUUUACGCUGUAAAUAUCUUAUAAGUUUCAUUGUUCAAGUGAAUGUCUUUUACUCUCGUGACGAUGUGUUCCAUGGAUUUUGGGUUCUAGCAAAAAACUGUGUGUUCGUUUUCUAGGACACAGUGAAGUGAAGUGACGCGCACUACCUUGUCUGAAAGCCAAUAACAAGCUAUAAAUAAACCUGCUACAGCUCACGGUUUGAACAUUUUAAACUUUUAUCCUUUAUUUGUGAUGUACCCGCAUCCCAUCAGCGCGGACGAAGACCAGAAGACGAUUUUGAUACCGAGUGUGAGACUUCUUCACUCAAAAAGAAAAGGCAUAUUCAUACACCCCACGGCUAUGUACAGGAAUAGUACACUUAGCUGCUUAACCAAAGUUUGCAUAACGAUAACAUCGAGAAGUUUGUUUGGGUAAAGUGUUGUUGUUUGGUAUAUAAGGAAGAGAUAAAGAUGAAACUUUUGGAGAGUGGUCGCCUGGAGGCGCUGAGCAGCGCGCUGUCGAUCCUCAACGGCGACAGCGCCGUGCAGGCGCGGGUCGAGAGCUACAGCUGCAAGAUGGCCGGCGGGGAGAAGGCUUUUUACAAGCGCUUCACAGCCGACGGAGAAACAUCUCACGACCUGCAGGCCCUGUCUCCGCCUGAGGGAGUUGCUGCUAGCCACAGUUUGUCCGGAGAUGAAGGGAUGCUGUGUGACACCAUAUGCAGGAAGACUUUAUUCUACCUGAUCGCCACAUUGAAUGCAGCAUUUCCAGAUUAUGAUUUCUCAAUGGCAAAGAGCAGUGAAUUCAGCGCAGAGCCCUCACUCAGCUGGGUGCAGGGCGCGGUGGACGCGGCGCUGUCGGCCGUGGGCGGCGCGCGCUGGCGGCAGCUGCGCCCGGCGCUGUGGGCCGCCGUGGGCGAGGAGGUGCAGCUGCCCGAGUGCCGCAUCUACAGCUACAACCCCGACCUGGCCAGCGACCCCUUCGGCGAGCCCGGCUGCCUGUGGACCUUCAACUACUUCUUCUAUAAUAGGAAGUUGAAGCGCAUCGUGUUUUUCACCUGCAGAGCUAUGAGUCCUGUUUGUGCUGUCGACUCUGGAGUGGACUUUGCCAUGGAUGAAGAUGAAGAAUAUGACUAAAUAGUAGGUACUCGAUCUUGAUAAACAAGACGGCACCAUUUAUCGCAUAAUUUCGAUGUUUACUUUUAACUUGAACCUUUUAUUAUAAAUAUUAAAUACAUUCUAAGUUACUUCUAACCAAUUUUUACUAUUUUUUUCAUGAAAUGGUUAGAACGAUGUACCUGGUUCAUGAUAAUAAUAUUAACCACUUGGGCCAGUAAGUACAAAUAGGUGUAGACGUGUGGUCGUAGCGUAUUUAUCAAUUAUUUGCAACUGUAUGUUUGAUAUAAGUAUGUUAUUAAACGUUCGGCAUUAGCCGCAUCUGCUAGGUUACUGAGAAUAACAACAAUAAGUAGAUUGAUAUGAUAGUAGAUGGGAAGUAGGGAACACGUGCUAAAUAUUUCGAUAAAUCGUGUUCCAAAAUAAACAUAUGUUGGUGACCACUCUUAUAAUAUGUUUCGUGGUGCUUUUUCCUAGUUUUAUUUUACAUUUAUAUUGCAUUUGUCUUAAUAAAUCUCAUGUGAACGUACCUUCUACUACCAUAAAAAAAUGAAUUAAAAUUAUAUUGUAGUAGCCCAAUUCAGUAUUCUAUUUAUUGUCCAAGUGAAUGGAAAGUGAAAACUAAAUGUCACUUUCUAGUGGGUGAACAAAAUUCUGCCCCUACGGGUUUCACACUCAUCCUUUCGCCUUGUUUUGAGUCCAAAUUAAAAUAGUUUUAAGUUGUUUGUCAUUUGAGACAAAAUAUACGUAGAUAUAAUAUGUAUAAUUUAAAUUAUGCUUUUUAUUAUGAGAUUUAUAAGUUGUAAAGAGUAUAAAUGUAAGAAAUAUCAGUUACUUGUGCACUCUAUAUCUCCACUUUGUUACUAAUAUCAAAAGCAUAAUUUAAAAACCACUGUACAAUAAUGUAUUAUGUUCACACACGAGUUUUAUUAUUAUUUAAUACAUUACAUGACUUAGGUACCUACCUGUAACAAUGUUGAAAUAGGCGGAUAUAUUGUUAUAUGAAUGCAGUUGGUGAAAUAACCAAGCGAUGACAAAGCUCUUCUGAUGUACAGCUAUUGGAUUGAAAAAUAAUUAAUUAUUGUAAAAUUUUGUUUUUGGUAUUAAUAUGUAAGAGCACUAAUAUGUUUUAUAUUUGGUACAAAUGUGUGCUAUUCUAUUUGUACCUUAUGUAGAUAAAUAUUACAGCUAUAAUUUUCUUUUCUCAUGUGAAGUCGCAUUAUUCUGCGUUUUUAUAGAUUAGGUUGUUGUAAGCUAAUUUGCACGAAUAGAAGCUAACAUUGUAGAUAUUUUGAUGAGUGAUCUCGAAGUUACAUAAGUAAACUGUACAGACGUACGACCGUAGUAUGAGGAAGGGUGUUGCGGUAGUAAAGCAGUGAGUUGCUAACGUAGUUGUAAGGGUAUAAUGUUAUAUAAGAAUCUAGACCUCUGUCCAUACAGAUAAGUCACAAUAUUAUUAACACCCAUUGGGAAUCAUUAAUUAUUACCGUCGAGUGUGAUAGUAGUAAAAUUUAUAAAACAUGUUUCUGUACCUUCUCGUUAGUUAUAGUAGAUAGCAAUGUCAGUGUAGAUGUCUAGAUGUUAGUGAAUAAAACUAAAGUUCUAGGUUGGCUAACAAUUAAAUCCGCCUAUUAUUUUUCGGCGCCAAUAACAUGUCCUUCUUCAUUAAGGUUUAUGAAUAUAUUUUUUUCUUGGUAAAA